GCAGGUCCGGGCCGCCGUCGGUGCCCGAUGGGGCUCCUCGGAGGCCGGGGGCGGCUCGUCCGCCGCCGCGCUCCCGCAACCCGCCCGCAAUCCCGGCACCGCGCUUGGCGUCCCGCCCGCAAUCCCGGCCCCCCGUUCCCGCUGCCGCCCCCGCCGCGCUGCCACGUCCCCGCCCGGCGGGGCCAAUGGGCGGCGGCGCCAGGUGUGUGUUACCUGCACCACGUGGGCCGGGGGUGGGCAGGUGGUGCCGCGGCCCCGCGCUGAAAAGCCCGCAGCCAUUGCGCGCUUCCUAAGGGUGCAGCCGGAGUGGGAGCGGCCGCCGCCCGCCUCGGGAAAAAGGGGGUGGGAAAGCGGGGGGAAGCCGUGCGCCUCCCCCGCGCCAGGUCCUUGGGGAGCGAGGCUGCAGGUGGGGGCUCUGCCGCUUGGGUCUCGCCUGGAAGCGCCUCGGGCAGGGAAAGUUUCCGCUCUCUUCUCGUCCCCUUCUCCUCCUUCCUUUCCUCCUUUUUCUUUCUCUCUUCUUUCUUUCUCUCCUUUUUAUCCUUUCUGCUGACCCUGUGGCACCAUGACGGCGUCUCCCGACUACCUGGUGAUCCUCUUUGUGACCACGGCGGGCACCAACGGGGCAAGGCUGGGCUCAGACGAGCGAGAGCUGCUCCAGCUCCUGUGGAAAGUGGUCGACCUGAGGAGUAAGGAGCUGGGGCACCUGCAUGACGUGCUGGUCCGGCCUGACCACCCAGAGCUGACGGCUGAGUGCCAGGAGAUCACCCAGGUGGAUGUGGAGAGCCUGGCACUGGCUCCACCGCUGGAGCAGGCACUGAGACAGUUUAAUCAGUCUGUGAGCAAUGAACUGAAUAUUGGUGUAGGUACUUCCUUCUGUUUCUGUACUGAUGGACAGUUGCACAUUAGGCAGGUUCUGCACCCUGAAGCUUCCAAAAAGAAUAUCUUACUGCCUGAAUGCUUCUACUCCUUUUUUGACUUGCGGAAAGAAUUCAAGAAGUGUUGCCCUGGCUCACCUGAAGUUAGCAAACUCGAUGUUGUGGCCAUGACAGAAUAUUUAAAUCUUGAUAAGAACAGUCCAGCAUUUCCGUAUGGAGCCUCUCAAGUUGAAGAUAUGGGGAAUAUUAUUUUAAGACUAAUAUCUGAACCAUACAAUCACCGAUUUUCAGAUCCAGAAAGAGUGAACUACAAAUUUGAAAGUGGGCCUUGCAGCAAGAUGGAACUUGUGGAUGACAAUGCUGUUAUCCGAGCGAGAGGAUUGCCAUGGCAGUCGUCUGACCAGGACAUAGCGAGAUUCUUCAAAGGCCUAAAUAUUGCCAAGGGAGGUGCUGCACUCUGUCUCAAUGCCCAAGGUAGAAGGAAUGGGGAGGCUCUUGUGAGGUUUGUAAGUGAAGAGCAUAGAGACCUAGCACUACAAAGGCACAAGCAUCACAUGGGGAAUCGAUACAUUGAGGUAUACAAGGCAACAGGUGAAGACUUCCUUAAAAUUGCAGGAGGCACUUCCAACGAGGUUGCACAGUUCUUGUCAAAAGAAAAUCAAGUGAUUGUCAGGAUGCGAGGUCUUCCUUUCAAUGUAACAACAGAAGAAGUGCUGACUUUCUUUGGCCAGCACUGCCCUGUAACAGGAGGGAAGGAGGGAGUCCUGUUUGUCACAUACCCUGACAGUAGGCCGACAGGGGAUGCCUUUGUCUUGUUUGCUUGUGAGGAAUACGCACAAAAUGCACUGAAAAAGCAUAAGGACUUGCUGGGGAAAAGGUACAUUGAACUCUUCAGGAGCACUGCAGCAGAAGUUCAGCAGGUGCUGAACAGGUACUCUUCCACACCUCUCAUUCCUCUUCCAACACCUCCUAUUCUUCCAGUAUUACCUCAACAAUUUGUGCCUCCCACAAACAUCAGAGACUGCAUACGUUUGCGUGGUCUUCCCUAUGCUGCUACUAUAGAGGACAUCCUGGAGUUCUUGGGAGAGUUUUCUACAGAUAUUCGGACCCACGGAGUUCACAUGGUACUGAACCACCAGGGACGUCCGUCAGGAGAUGCUUUUAUUCAGAUGAAAUCUGCAGAUCGAGCUUUCCUGGCUGCACAGAAGUGUCAUAAGAAGACUAUGAAGGACAGAUAUGUUGAAGUCUUUCAAUGUUCUGCUGAGGAGAUGAACUUUGUAUUAAUGGGGGGCACUUUAAAUCGAAAUGGCUUGUCCCCACCACCAUGUAAGUUACCAUGCCUUUCACCCCCUUCCUACUCCUUUCCUGCUCCUGCUGCAGUUAUGCCAACAGAAGCUGCUCUGUAUCAGCCAUCCAUGCUCCUCAACCCACGAACACUCCAGCCCUCCACAGCCUACUACCCUGCUGGGGCUCAGCUCUUCAUGAACUACACAGCAUAUUACCCCAGUAUGCAGCAGAGGAUGGACUUGUACACACAAAUGAUCCUACCAGGACAGUGUCCAAAGAAUGGAUUUGCAUUUAAAGGCCCCAGCAGUUAGACUUCCUUAGAGAAGGUAAGGAUAUGAACCCCAGGAGAUGGGUUUUGGGUGCAUCAUAGUGUUUGCUUCAGAUAACCACCAUAUCAACAUAACUUUUCAUUUGCUGCCCUGGGAACACGGCUAGUCUUUCCUAUUUCUAGAAUGUCAUGCUGCAGUGUAUAAAGCCUUGGCUGUUAAAGCCAUCAUUUAAAAGAUUUUGACUACUCCAGUCAUUGUAAGGGCUGCUGCUUUACAUGCUUCCCAGGGCUUCAAAUGCAUGCUACUUCAAGCUUUAAUACCAG